AUGGAUUUAAAUGGAUAUCAAUGGGAACAGAUCAUAACUGAUUCUUUACCUAAACUCAAAGUAUUUCAAUGGAAAACGCGCAUUGUACUUGACAAUUAUACGAACAAGGAACAACAAAUCAAUCACGUCAUUGAUUCAUUUCGAAGUUCCUUCUGGAUUGAUAAACAUCAAUGGUUUGUUCGAUGCCAUUCGGAUUCCGCAUUUCAAUCAAACAUUCUUUGGCUCUAUACAUUGCCUUAUACUUUUGACGACUUCAGUACGACUAUAAUCAACGCUCUGUUCAGAUCGACAUGCCCUCCAGAAAACGAUUUUCAUUCCUACGAUUAUGUGAAUAGAUUUACCUAUGAAUCUUCAAAAACACAAGAAUGUGCAUCGUUUCAUAUAAAAUUUGUCAACAUUCAUCAUCUUUUGCUCGAACAUCGUCCCACUUAUCAUUUUUGGUCUAUUAUUCCUACACUCGAUCACUUGAUUUCACUUGAAAUCUUUCUACAUGAUGAUAUUGAUGAUACUAUUUACGUUCUGCUUCAAGAUCUUCUUGAUCGAGCACCUCGUCUCUAUUCAUUAAAAUUUCGUUCAUGGUCGUAUUUACCAAUUUUUCUCGCCGAAAGCAAGACCCAUUCAAUUCGUCGGAUUGACUUACAAGGAUCUGAUCGAUCUUAUCGGGAGAUGUGGUUCAGUGAAGAUGAGUGUGGUCGGCUCUGUCGUUCAACACUAGGAAUACAAUGUGAAGUGCUGUUUAUUCGAGUUAAACAUCGACAGAGUAUUCUUGAUCUCGUCAAUCGAAUGUGUAAUCUCCGAGCAUUGAAUAUCCAGUGUCAAGAGAACCAGUUGGAUGAAUUCAAUGGUUUAUCAUUGUCGAGAGACGAGGAACUUGUCAAAUGGCUUGAACAUCAGUUGCCGCCAACAUGGAAGAUUGGAAAAGAUCCACGCUGGCAUCAUUCUAUUCAAAUGUGGAUUCGUUGA